UGAAAAGCUGGCGCGGUUGGAGGGCAGGCGGGUAGAACACAUACUUUCCCGACAGCUUAACUCUGGGGGAAACGACCUUUGGCAGAAGCGCGGGAAAAAGAAAGAGGCGACUGCACAUAAACAUCUACGCACUCCCAGGCAGUCUCUCGCCGGCCACCCGGCGCCUGCACGUGAGGGGAGGCCGAGGCUCGGGGCGGGUCGGCCGCCCGCCCGCCCGCAGACACCUCCCCCUGCGUAUGCGCGCUGGGCCGAACCGCGGGGGGUAGCAGCAGCGGCACCAUCCGCAGCAGUGUCAGCGACAGCGGGCGCUGAAGGUUGAGGCAGCCGAGCGAUGGGGUCCCGACAUUGCCGCUCCGUAGCGGAGGUGCUCCUGCUGCUCCUGCCGCCGCUCCUACUGUUAACGGCGCCUCCUGAAGGACAGGUCCGCGCAGCCGGGCUCUUCUUCCCGGAGGUGGAUGAGUGUGCCCAAGGGAUUGAUGACUGUCACCCAGAUGCAUUUUGUCAGAAUACUCCGAAGCUGUACAAGUGCACAUGUAAGCCAGGUUACAGCGGAGAAGGAAAGACUUGUGAAGACAUUGAUGAAUGUGAUAAUGACUUCAAUGGAGGCUGUGUGCAUGAAUGUUUCAACAUUCCAGGCAAUUAUCGCUGUACGUGUUAUGAUGGCUUCAUGUUGGCUCAGGAUGGCCAUAAUUGUCUCGAUAUGGAUGAAUGCUCGUUCAACAAUGGAGGCUGCCAGCAUGUUUGUAUCAAUACAGUGGGGAGCUACGAGUGUCGUUGCAAUGAUGGAUUCUUCCUUAGUGAUAAUCAGCACACCUGUAUUCACCGUUCAGAAGAAGGCAUGAGCUGCAUGAACAAAGAUCAUGGCUGUGCCCAUAUCUGCAAGGAAGCACCGAAAGGAGGAGUGGCCUGUGAAUGCAGACCUGGUUUUGAACUGGCCAGGAACCAGAGAGACUGUAUUUUGACUUGCAACCAUGGGAAUGGUGGCUGUCAGCAUACAUGUGAAGAUGCUGAUGAUGGACCUGUCUGUGGAUGUCAUCCAGAGUACACAGUGCAUUCCAAUGGAAGAACUUGUCUUGAGAGAGAUGAAGCUACAACUGAGAUUUCGGAAAACAACACCACGGCAGGAGCGGAUGUAGAUAAGCGUGUGAAACGGAGGCUGCUCAUGGAAACUUGUGCUGUAAAUAAUGGUGGCUGUGAUCGCACUUGCAAAGACACUUCAACAGGUGUUCACUGCAGCUGCCCUGUUGGAUUUACCCUUCAGUUUGAUGGGAAGACAUGCAAAGAUAUUGAUGAGUGCCAGACCAGUAACGGUGGAUGUGAUCACUUUUGUAGAAACAUGAUUGGUAGCUUUGAUUGCAGUUGCAAAAAAGGCUUUAAAUUAUUAACAGAUGAAAAGUCUUGUCAAGACAUUGAUGAAUGUUCAUUUGAAAGGACAUGUGACCAUAUCUGCAUCAAUCAUCCAGGCACUUUUGAGUGUACUUGCAAGAAAGGAUAUACUCUGUAUGGCUUCACACAUUGUGGAGAUAUCAAUGAGUGUAGCAUCAACAAUGGAGGCUGCCAGCAAACCUGCAUAAAUACACUGGGGGAUUAUGAAUGCCACUGUAAUGCCGGCCACAAAUUACAUUGGAACAAAAAGGACUGUGUUGAAAGGUCCUUGCUUGGCAUCAUCUCACCCCAAAUAUCUCUGCACUGCAUUAAGAUUGGUGGAAGUAAUAGGUGCUUCUUAAUCUGCCCCUCAGAUGUUCGUUUUAUCUCUGGCCUGGAAGAUUCCUACACUUUAAAAUGUGGCAGCCCUUCUCCACUUAAGAAAAAAAAACAAAAUACAAAUGAGUCGACUGUUUUAGAUAUCUCAACCAUUAAGACAAGUGUAACCUUCAAGUUUAAUGAAGGAAAAUGUAAUUUGAAAAAGAGUAAGGUGUUUCGAGCUGCUCUUCACUAUACAAUACCAGAGAAACAUAAUUCAGUAAUGGAGAACUUCUGCUAUGUAAACCUAACAUGCAGUUCUGGCAAGAGAGCUCCUGGGAACUUCAGCAGAUUGAAGGCAACUAGAGAAAUGUUUAUCUCUGCAGAUUUUGAGCUUGAAACAAACCAAAAGGAGGUGACAGACACAUGCAAUUUGAGCUGUGCACGUAAAAGGACUGAGAAGAGGCUUCGUAAAGCAAUUAGAACUUUGCGGAAGGUGAUCAACAAAGAGCAAUUCCAUAUUCGCCUGUCUGGUGUGGACCAUGAUGUAACCAGAAAAUCUCCCAGGGCAAUGGAUACACAGGAGCUCUGUGGCCUGGGGCAAAGGCACAUAGAUAACAGAUGUGCUAUCUGUACUGUUGGGACAUAUUACGAUGGGGACCAAGAAGCUUGCAUUUUAUGUCCCAAUGGAACUUUCCAAGACACUGAUGGUCAAAUAACUUGUGAACCUUGCCCCAUUCCUAUGACUUCUGGAAACCAAAAAACAGCUGGAGCUCGCAAUAUAUCCGAAUGUGGAGGACAGUGCUCACCUGGUGAAUAUUCUUCUGAUGGAUUUAAGCCUUGCAUUCCAUGUCCUUUUGGAACAUAUCAGUCUGAACCAGGUCGGACAUCUUGUUUUACUUGUGGAGGAAGCCUGAUGACAAAACUUAGCAGUGCAACAGCAUUUCAGGAUUGUGAAACUAAAGUGCAAUGCUCACCUGGUCACUUCUACAACACUACAACACAUCGAUGCAUACGCUGCCCAGCUGGAACAUAUCAACCUGAGUUUGGGCAAAAUUACUGUUUUUCGUGUCCUGGAAAUACCACUACAGAUUAUGAUGGAUCAACGAACAUAACACAGUGCAAAGGACUCAGUAGGAAGUACAAGGUCUCUUGCUUAGAGGGAAGGAGAUUAAAUGGGAUCCAGCUUUUUUGCUCCUUGAUUCUGGCUUUACAUUCAGAUAGGCACUGCGGUGGUGAGCUUGGAGAAUUUACUGGAUACAUAGAAUCACCAAACUAUCCUGGAAAUUACCCCGCAAACACAGAGUGUACCUGGUCUAUAAAUCCGCCUCCUAAACGCCGCAUCCUAAUUGUGGUUCCAGAAAUAUUUUUGCCAAUAGAAGAUGAAUGUGGAGACUACCUGGUGAUGAGAAAAAGUUCUUCCUCCAAUUCCGUGACUACAUAUGAAACCUGCCAAACCUAUGAGCGCCCUAUAGCUUUCACUUCCAGGUCUAAAAAGCUGUGGAUCCAGUUCAGAUCAAACGAAGGAAAUAGUGCUAAAGGAUUCCAGGUCCCUUAUGUAACAUAUGAUGAGGAUUAUCAGGAAUUAAUAGAAGACAUAGUUCGCGAUGGUAGACUGUAUGCAUCAGAAAAUCAUCAAGAAAUCCUUAAGGAUAAGAAGCUGAUAAAGGCACUCUUUGAUGUCUUGGCACAUCCACAGAACUACUUCAGGUACACAGCACAAGAAUCCAGGGAGAUGUUUCCAAGAUCCUUUAUUCGGUUGCUGCGUUCUAAAGUCUCCAGAUUUUUGAGGCCUUACAAAUAGUGGACAUUAUUUUUUGAAAACUAAAAGUGCUUAACUGUACAGCAGGAGAUUGUUAUAUUCUCUAUGAUAGGGAAGUCUUCAGGAAGCUGACUGGUCAAUUGUAUACAGUUUGUACAUUUUUAAUUAAAAAUAUAAUUAUUUUAUUUCUAUAUGUUUUCUUUCAGUCUUCAUAUGAGCUACUGCAUUAGUGUCCGCUACAGUAAAAGUGGAUGUUUGUUUUUAUCUAAUUAAAUUUUAGAUGAAAACUACACACAGUUGUUUCAUUUCCUCACUAGCAGCAUUAAAGUGAACCAUUUAUUACCGCAAGGAUUUGUUGAAAUUAUAACACAAGUUCUUCAGCUUUCGAAAGAUGGAUUUGAAACAUUCUGCUUGUUGAGGUCAAUGAGUUUGGUGUCCUCUUUAGGACUGGCUCACACAUGAUAGCAUGCCCAACCCAAUUGACUGGGGAGUUUGCAGCCAGAUACAACACCUGAUCUGUACUCAUGGGAAUAUGUAGCCUCAGAGUUUUCCACAAUGGCAUCCGUUUAAAGCAAUUGUCACCAUCAUCUUAGAAACCUGUGGUUGGGUGUUUAUGUAUAUACCAUAUAGUAUGUGUGAACUACCCUAUUCUAGUAGCUUAGCAAGAUGUGAAGAGAUCUAUUAAUUAUGUAUGUAAAACUAGAUGCAUUACAGUGUGAAAAUCUAAACACUGAAUUUUGUCUUAGACUAUUGAUCUGAUGCAUGGUUGAGAAUGCUGGUCUUAUGUCAAUUUGUCGUUACCAAGUUCAGCAUAUUCCCAUAAAAAUUGGUGGUUUUGUUGUUGUUCAUCUGAUGCCAUCAAUUUGAAGGAGUUCCAUGGUAACAUGUUUUUCCUCAAAAGACUUAAAAAAAAUUUAGAUACCACACAAUUGGUAGGAUUUGCUUUGAAAUUUUCUGAAGCAGCAGUUUUGAAGUUUUACUCUUAUCAAAAACAUUCCUAGAAUUGAAGUAAAAAACCAGCAAUUAUUAUUGACAUUUGCUGUAUUUGUUCCAAAUUUUAGACAAGCCACUGCCAGUUGGAAUAGCAAUACUGAGCUAAAUGGAGCAAUGGUCUGACUCUGUAUAAGACAGUUUUCUGUGUUUCUGUGUUCCUUAUAGAAUUUGUGAAUAAAGCACAGACCCUUCCGUCACAGAACAGGC